GUCACUGGGUAGGAGUCCUGCUGGUACCCACCUCCUCCCAUGUAGGCGUCUUGUAAGCUGGCUCCAAGGCUCUUCCACAAGGCAGAUCCGCUGGGGCUAAAAUGUCUGUGAUCUGCUGUGGUACCAGAACCUCCCGGGUCUCCUCCUACCGACCGCACCACUCGCCUCCUUGGCUGCUCAGCUUCUUCUUUGCAAUCCAGCACCUGUUGGUUCAGGCUUCCCUGCUCUGUACCUGCCAUUACCUUCUCCUCCAAGCUCGUCCCCUGGCCCCUCAGGAGCAGAGUCGGCUACUGGCCAACAGCCUCUUCGCAUGUGGCAUUGCCACCUCAUUGCAGAGCGGCCUUGGCACCAGGUUGCCUCUUGUCCAAGCUCCCACCUUUGAAUUACUUAUCCCAGCGCUGAUUCUCAGCAAGCACCAACCAAGUAACGAGACCUCCAGGAAUGACACCACCAGAUCCCUGUUCUGCCAGGGCAAUGGGUGUGACAAGCUGCACCGAGGCACCCAACCAGUAAAGGAGGUUUCUGGGGCACUUGUGGUUUCAGGGGGGCUCCAGGCUUUCUUUGGUGUCACCGGUCUGUGCGGCUGGAUCCUACAGAACUGCGGCCCGGUGAUUUUAGCGAGCGCUCUCUCCAUUAUUGGCCUCUCUUGUUACAAACCAGCAGCCUUGUUCUGCUCAACAAACUGGGCCGUAUCCUUGUCACUCAUCUCGCUAACUGCCUUCCUGUCCCAGACGCUGCGCUCCUGCUACCUGCCUGUCUGCACAUGGAGGAGGAAGGAGGGAGUGAGAAAGAAAUACGCGCCGAUAUUCCGCAUGUUGUCAAUAUUCAUUCCAGUUACGUGCAUCAUAAUUGCCUCUAAAGUUCUGGAUCACACCGCUGAGCUCCCAGCAUUCCCUGUUACUGACAGAUUGGGCCACAAUGGAUCCAUGUUGGUAGAAGGCCCAAGGCAAGAUUCUCUCUCUGGUCUUGGAGAGAACAAUACCCAACGGAACCCUUGGUUUCAAGUCCCAUCUAUAGGUAUUUAUAUAGGUGCCUGGGGUUGGCCCGAGUUCAGUCUCCAGACUCUCAGUGUGGGCAUCGCUAUGGCUUUGACUUCUACUGUCUCUUCUAUGGGCUGUUAUGUUGUAUGUGCUCGGGUCCUGCGCUGCCCCAGCAUCCCGCGGCACGCCUCCAACCGGGGCAUCUCCAUCGAAGGGGUUGGGAACGUCCUGUCUGGCCUUCUGGGUAGUGUCUGCGGCGCAGGAUCCAGUAUCCCCAAUGCCGGAUUGGCUGGACUCACACAGGUGGGGUCCCGCCAUUCUGUGCAGUUUAGUGCUCUGCUGUUUGUUGUUUUGGGGUGUUCGCCCAAACUGUGCGAGUUCCUAAUGAGUAUCCCCUUUGCUGUACACGGUGGAGUCUUCUGCAUUACCUACUCCAUGGCGGUGGGUGCGGGAGUCUCCUAUUUCCUGUACACAGACAUAGACUCGGGAAGGAACAUCUUCAUCGUGGGGUUUGCUGUGUUCAUGGCGUUGCUUGUCCCACGCAGGCUGGAAGCAGAUCCAGGCCAAUUAGCCACUGGUUGGCCGAUCCUUGACUUGUUUCUCCUGUCCAUAUUGACAGUUCCAACCUUCCUUGGGGGAUUAUUUUCUUUUGUUCUGGAAAACACUAUCCCAGGAACCUUGCUGGAGAGAGGUCUGCAUUCGCUCAUCACGUUUUGGGUCCCAGUCUCAGGGGAAGACACGCCGAAGGCCCGUCAGGAAGAACUGGUCAAGUCAUACAGCCUUCCCAAUGCUCUAACUAGGCCCUUCCCUGCCGUGUACCCCUUUAGCCAGCUUUUCCCCCCAUCUCAUGUGAGUCUUGAAGGGCCGGUGGAAGUGGAAAAGUUACUCAAAGCUAAACCUUCAGGAAAAGACCCAGAACUGGGAUGAAGGUGACAGCUGGCCAACAUCCAUGGAUCCACAUCUCCAGACUUUGUCAUUGUUGGACCUGGAACCUCCCAGCCUUGUGUUCUGUGCACGUUCCUUGCACCUUGAGUACAGCAGUGUGUAACAAUAUUCAGCAGCCUUGUCUGUCCAGGGAAGAGACCACAGAAACACGCUCACCUCAGAGUUCAGUGCUGUAAUACAUAAUAUUUAAAGUAAUAUUGGGUCAUAGAGGCCUGAACGGAACCAACAGAGCUCUCUAGGGCUGUGGCUACACAAUGUUCUCAGGGAUUACCGAUCUAAUUGCCCCAAACCACUAGUAGUCACCUUCUAUGGCAUUAAAUGGGAAAGUGCUUGGCUUUGCCUCUGGUAAAGGGGGGUGGACCUUAUCUUUUCAUCCAUGUCAUUGUAUCAAUAAACAGUUAUUUAUUUGUUAGAA